AUGACCCCUCCACUGGAGGGUAAGUUUGAGGACAGGGAAGACCGUGUGCCCAAGCUGGAGCAGAUAAACAGUACGAGAAUCCUAAGCAGCCAGAACUUCGCCCUCACCAAGAAGGAACUGCUGAGCACGGAGCUGCUGCUCCUGGAGGCCUUCAGCUGGAACCUGUGCCUGCCCACACCCGCUCACUUCCUGGACUACUACCUCUUGGCCUCCGUCAGCCAGAAGGACCACCACUGCCACACCUGGCCCACCACCUGUCCCCGCAAGACCAAAGAGUGCCUUAAGGAGUAUGCCCAUUACUUCCUGGAGGUCACCCUGCAAGAUCAUAUAUUCUACAAAUUCCAGCCUUCUGUGGUGGCGGCAGCCUGUGUGGGGGCCUCCAGGAUCUGCCUGCAGCUUUCUCCCUACUGGACCAGAGACCUGCAAAGGAUCUCAAACUACUCUGUGGAACACCUCAGCACGUGUGUCGAAAUCCUGCUGGUAGCAUGUGACAGUGUCCUCAAGGACCCCAUCGCAGUCAAGAGCCAGGCGUUGGCAAUGGUGCCCGGCACGCCCCCAGCUCCCACCCAAGUGCUGUUCCAACCGCCUGCCUACCCUGCCCUCAGCCAGCCGACGACAACGACGGCACUGGCCCAGUUCCAGGGCCCUGUGCAGGACCUAUGCUUGGCCUAUCGGGACUCACUGCAGGCCCACCGUCCUGGGAGCCUGCCCGGGGGCACGGGCUCGUCCCUGCACACACCGUACCCCACCCUCCAGCCCCUGGAUGUGUGUCCCGUGUCUGUCCCCACAUCUCUUACCGUGCAGAUGGCUCUUGCAGCCGAGCCCAGGCACUGCCUUGCUGCCACCUACGGAAGCAGCUACUUCAGUGGGAGCCACAUGUUCCCUGCAGGCGUUUUCGACAGAUAGGCCACCUUUGGGCCACUUGAGGAAGCCCUGAAGACCCAGGUAGAGGACGCAAACACUGAAGAGGAGAACCUAGCCAGGUGAGGCAACUGGGCAGCCACCCUCUAGAACCUGGUGCCCUUGGAUGUAGAGGGUUCCUGCUCUUUUUAAAUAAAACUGGCCCAGAGCAAAACAUCCAGUGACACACCUCACCCGAGAGGAGUCCUCUGGAAAACCUCUUCCACGUGUGCCUGGGAUACAAAGAGAUGGCACAGUGGCUCUUCCCACAAGCAAGGGUCCAGUGAAAAGAAAGACUUGGUAAGAGGCCAGGAGACAGGGAACUGCCUGAAGACCACCAGCCCACUCGCACAUCCAGUUUGAGCCUCAAAAGGGUUCUUUACUGAUAGAGCUACGCCACUGAAGAAGAAGGUUCAUCCUGGCACGUCCUCAGGGUCACGGAAAGAGGCUGUCACAGGUGUUUACUCUCUCUGGCUCCACACAGAGGGGCCGUGUGUGUUUUGACCUGAGUGCCUGCCUGUCGAGGCACGGUGGCAGCUGUCUUGCCUUUACCGUCCAAUCUAAAAAUCUUUUUUUGGCUUUUUAGAUGUGUCACGUGCUGCUGCUUCCUGUAUGGAUCUAGCUUUGUGUUCUGCAAGAUGUCUUGUUUACGUACUGUAUCAGGGAUUUUGUGAUACUUGAAAAAUUCUGUAGGAGAAAGAAAACGAAAUUGCCACACUGCCUGUCCCACGUGAACCUACCUUAGGACAGGUAACAACAGAGCUCCCUUUUCAGAAGCAUAAAGCUGGGGGAAACCACUCCCUAGGCUCUGGGUUCUAGAAGAUUCCCUGUCUUGGAUGACCACCUAGGGAGGAAAAGGUUGUCGAAAGAAAGAUGAAAGGCUUGAAACAAAGCAUCCUCAUCUCCCUCCACCUGCACGCACAGCGCGUGAGGCUAAGCCAUCCUACACUUUGAGUUUGGCCAGUAGCAAGGAAUGACACUGUGGAGGACUCGCUUAGGGCCGCCUGGUUCUGAGAGUGGGGAGGUACACGGGUAUCUGUCACCAGCAUUGAUGGCAAGGCUCGGUUGCAUGGAAAGCCAGUAUUGGGGGAUCCGCGGUGAGGGGCUCUCAGGAAGACUGAUGCGUGUGCAAUAUAUUUUAUUCUGACUCACAUCUUACUCUCAGCGUGUUCCUUUGGUUGGUUGGCUUUGGGGGUCGUUCACCCAUCAGAACUGGGAGGUGCAAAGGCCACAGAAGCAAAUUUGGUUUUUGUUUUUUUAAGAAGAAACCAUCUUGGUUUUCUUGGCUCAUUUGCUAGUCCAGGAGGCCACGGUGGUGGGGACCGCUGGGGAGUCAGCUGCACGCUGCCCAGUGGGACCUGAAGGUCAUAGAGCUUGCAGAGCAGAUGGAAGGCUCGGUGUAGAAACACCAAGGAAAGAAAGAAGGCGCUGGCCGUGGACAAGGCAUUGCCUCUCUGUCACAGCUGCAUACUUGCUCCAUGUGUUUCUUUUUCCUUUGCCAACCUCCUUGUAUUUAUGUGUGACUGUUUGGAUUCCAAGUUAUUGUAUCUGUCUGUUCUGGGACAAGGGUGAAGCUCUCCCCCAGUAGGGUCUCACAAGCCAGCGGGGCUCCCAGAAAUAGGAUUCUGCAAU